UGGAAAAGCAGUGCUACUGAUGGAUAUGGGACAUUAUGCAUGCUCAUGAACGAAAGACACAAAAUCACGCGAGAAGGAAAGAAAGAAAAAGUUAUUUUCUAGCUAUUGCGAUUGCAUCGACGCCAUCUUUGUUGUAAGAAGUAAACAACGAAGAUUUACUGUUGCACAUGUGAAAGUAGGGCAGCGGGAACAUUGAACUGCACCCACUGUAUGCAGUGGUUUUUGUUGGUUGGUAAGUAAGGCGGUAUAUGGGAUUUCGCUAACUGUGUACGCCCUACUAUUUAGUUUUUAAUCAUAUGGGUACUUCUGUGACGCGCACGUUUUUGGUGCAAAGAGAAAAGCGAAAAACGUAAACACCGGGAGUAUUGCACGAGGAUAUUAUCAAUUUAAUUCACAUAUUUAAAAAUUGUUAAUGCCACAAUUAUAUCAUGUCUGGUUUGUGUGAGAAGAGUUAUGCUGUUGAUGCCAAGUUCAACAAUUUCUAUAAUGGUGGUGAUGUCGCUUGGUCCAAUGAUGGCCAAAUUUUUUAUUGUUCGAAUCAUACCGAAGUAUGUGCAGUGAAUGUCUCCACGGGCCAACUUGUGCGUUCAUACGGCACUAAUGUUGAAGCAGGAGAAACUGGCUUAUCGGCAGACAGAGCACCACGAUCGGAUGAUGAACAAUUAGAAGACGAAAUUCCUUGUUUUGCGCUUGCACCGGAUAACACUUUACUUGUAACAGCUCACCGCAGUGGAUUACUGCGUCUAUGGUCUAUCGAUACUGGUAAAGUCGUGAAAUUAUGGAAAUCUCAGCACCGAGGACCGAUAGUUAAAAUUCAUUUCAGCAAUUGUGGUAAGAUCAUUUGCUCUAGUGGUGCUGAUUCUUCUUUACGCAUAUGGGAUUAUGUACAUAGCACGUGUGUUUGCGCUUUGCGUGAAUUUUCCGGCCCAGCACUAGUUUUAGCAUUCCAUCCAGAUCCUACGCGCACGGAAGUGUAUGCAGCAGGCGCAGAUAAUGCAAUAUAUUGUUGGAACUAUGCAGAGAAGCGACUUUUGCGACAAAUGCGUGGACACCUUUCCCAGGUCACAGCUAUCACAUUUAUAGGCGGUGGAAAUGAUGGUGGUUAUGAUUUUGUAGCUUCGGUAAGUCGAGACAAAGUCUUAAUUGUAUGGCGGUUAGCCGAUGCAUCCCAGCACAAAGUUAUACCGAUGUAUGAAGAACUUGAAGGCGUAGUUUGUUUGAAUGAAAAUCUUGUCAACAAAGGGGCAUUUGAUGUGGUCGUAGCUUGUGCAUCCGGAGCCUUAAAGUUGGUUGAUUGUAAAACAGCUAAAUUAAUCACUUUGAGUGAGGACGCAAGCCAAGAGCUUCGACAACUACUAUAUUGUAAACACACUAAGCAAUUGGCUGUGGUUACGGUGGAACAAAAUAUUUUGAUAUAUAAAGCAACUGCUGAAAGUGUGGAGACCAAAACACUGGAAUGUACAAAGCAAUUGAUCGGGUUUAAUGAUGAAAUUCUUGAUAUUUGCUUUCUGGGCGAGAAUGACCGCUUCUUAGCUGUAGCUUCAAAUAGUAAAAAUAUUAAGAUAUAUGACACGGAAGCGAAUAUGAAUUGCAAAAUUGUUAGCGGACACAACGACACCGUAAUGACACUAGCCGCGGCUGGUGGCACUAAUUUGCUACUUUCUGCCGGAAAAGACCUUAGUAUUUUAUUAUGGAGAGUGAAUCCAAAUAACUUUACACUUUCGUGUAUUGCUCGCAACAACAGCAGUCACACUUCCACUAUUGGCUGUCUCGUGUUCGGCUGCAACACUGCGGCAUUCUUCGCUUCAGUUUCGCAAGACGGCAGUCUAAAAGUAUGGCAUCUGAAAAAAAACAAAGAUGCAGCACACUCCUUCAAUUUAAAGUACUCGGCACUGUCGCAUGACAAGGAGGUGAAUAGUGUCAGCUUUUCGCCCAACAACAAACUUCUGGCUACAGCAUCGCAAGACAAAACUGCGAAAUUAUGGAGUGCUGAGACCAACACCUUAGUUGGCACGCUGCGUGGACAUACGCGAGGCGUUUGGUGCGUGCGAUUCUCACCGGCUGAUCAAGUCGUACUAACUUCAUCCAGCGAUUGUACACUACGUCUUUGGUCGCUAUCCACACUAACUUGUAUAAAACGUUUUGAGCAAGAAUGCACUAUUCUGCGCGCAGAAUUCAUUGAUUACGGCAAAUAUAUAGUGUCUGCCGCAACCGAUGGUAUACUUAAGUUAUGGAGCAUUAAAACGAACGAAUGCGUACAAACACUGGAUGCGCAUACCGAUCGUAUUUGGUCUUUGGCCGUAUCAGCGCGCAGCGGUAAAUGUUUUUACAGUGGUGGUGCAGACUCCAAAUUAAUAAAGUGGCAAGAUGUUACCACACAGUGCCGGAACGAGGAGAUCGAUAAACGCGCACAAUUGAUGCGAGAGGAACAAACGCUACAGUCUUUGUUACAACAACGGCAAAAUAUGAAAAAAGCCUUCAUGUUAGCACUUCGUCUAGGCAAACCAAAAACAACCUACAACAUUAUAAGUGAAUAUGUGCGUGGGCGCAACACUGAACCCGUGCAUGAGAUAAUCAAUACGUUGAACGGGGAGCAGCGUGUGACGCUUAUGGAGCACACGAAGGCGUGGACAACUAAUUCGAGACAUUGCAAGAUAGCCAACCUGGUGUUGCACUAUUUGCUGAGUGAUUGCAUAGCAGCGCCGACACAGCACGGGGUGCCUGGUAUGCGUAAUGUGGUAGAAGUACUGACGCCAUACCUCCAGCGGCAUCACAAACGUGUCAAUGAGCUGACCAAGGAGCUGAUGUUUCUCGAGUAUAUUGUCGAUGGAAUUUAGGGUUGUCUGGAAGCUGGUUAAUGUGGCGUUAUUGUUUGAUUGAGUUUUGUAGUACUACUAGUAGCGACAUGAUGAAAAAAUAAAACAUUUGCAAAUAUUGUCCAUUUCUUGUUAAUUAACCGAGAUUGGAUUGGUUGUAGAAGUGACAUUUUUGAUUUCUUGGUGGUGCUUUUUAUUUAUUUUUUUUUCAGCAAACGGCGGUUAACCGGCCUGCUAAUUUACCAUGUGAGACAAUCAGCUGAUUGCUGUUUACACAAUGUGCAGUGAAAAAAUUAUACCGCUUUUAAUUUCCAACUCUGGCAACCCUGUGCAUCACGUGCAGUGCCCGCGGUUGUGUACAUAGAUGUGUGUGUGCGCGGGGCUGCAGCGACCUUCUUUGUGCUUCUGUUUGCCUGGUACAAUUUUACAGUGAAGUUGAAAAAAGUGGGAAAGCGAAUUUUUAGAAUUUGGGAGCGAGCGAGCUUCUCUUAUUUUCUCCAAACGCACAUUUCGAGAUAUCAAAUAAAAUAGGAUGAAGUUAUAUUUUUAAACAUUUCUUUAUUAUCUUGCCAACAUACAUACAUAUUUUAUACAUUUAAAUAAACUCUUUGUUCUCGCAUAAUCAUUUAUAUAAUUUAACUCGCUUUAAAUGAAACUUAACAAAAAAUAUGUAUAUCGAAAACAAUAUAAAGAAAUCUACUAAAUGAACAAGAGAAUUGUAUAAAAAAUAUGUUGCUCACUACAGUAAUUCUAAACUUAACACAUACUAUGUAUGCAUAUAAAAAAGUAAGGAAACCAUUAU